UUCAAUGGACUCAAAUCGGGCGGUACCAACGCGGACUAUUCAGAACUAAUUAAUAAUUUGAAAUAUUUUAAUAUUAAUAUAAAUCAAUAACUUAGCAAUUCAUUUGGUGCGUUUAAUGUCCGGACAGUGACUCGCGAUUUUGGUUUGGAUUACAAGGCUAUUGAUCUCGACCAGCGAAGAUGGUUCAGUUCCUGGGAAAUCAAAAUCCGGGCGCCGCUGGUGAGCGUGUUCACAUGGUGACCCUGGACAAGACGGGCAAAAAGUCCUUCGGCAUCUGCAUAGUAAGAGGUGAGGUAAAGGACUCGCCGAACACCAAGACCACCGGCAUCUUCAUCAAGGGCAUUGUGCCCGACAGUCCGGCGCACUUGUGUGGUCGUCUAAAGGUCGGCGAUCGAAUCCUGUCGCUCAACGGGAAGGAUGUGCGUAACUCUACCGAGCAGGCAGUCAUCGAUCUCAUUAAGGAGGCCGAUUUCAAGAUCGACCUGGAGAUUCAGACCUUCGACAAGAGCGAUGACCAACAGGCAAAGUCAGAUCCGCAGAGCAAUGGCUACAUGCAGGCCAAAAACAAGUUCAACCAGGAACAGACCCCCAGUAACAAAGCUGGUGGGGGUCAGGGAAUGGGGAUGGGUCAGGGUCAGGGUCAGGGUCAGGGAAUGGGUGCUAUGAACCGGCAAACGACGCAGAAACGGGGCACCACAUUCACAGCAUCGAUGCGUCAAAAACAAAACUAUGCUGAGGAGGACGACGAGGAUACCCGCGACAUGACUGGCCGCAUUCGCACCGAAUCCGGCUAUGAGAUUGAUCGCGCGUCCGCCGGCAACUGCAAGCUGAACAAGCAGGAAAAGGAUCGCGACAAGGAGCAGGAGGAUGAGUUUGGCUACACGAUGGCUAAAAUAAACAAACGAUACAACAUGAUGAAGGAUCUGCGGAGGGUCGAGGUCCAAAGGGACGCCAGUAAGCCUCUUGGACUCGCUCUCGCCGGACACAAGGACCGCCAGAAGAUGGCCUGCUUCGUGGCCGGUGUGGAUCCCAAUGGAGCCCUGGCCAGUGUGGACAUGAAGCCCGGAGACGAAAUCGUCGAAGUCAACGGCAAUGUACUAAAGAAUCGCUGCCAUUUGAACGCCUCCGCCGUGUUCAAGAACGUGGAGGGGGACAAGCUGGUGAUGAUCACCUCGCGGCGCAAGCCCAACGAUGAGGGCAUGUGCGUCAAGCCCAUCAAGAAGUUCCCCACCUCAUCUGAUGAGACUAAGUUUAUUUUCGACCAAUUCCCAAAAGCGCGUACGGUGCAAGUACGCAAGGAAGGAUUCCUGGGUAUUAUGGUGAUCUAUGGCAAGCACGCUGAAGUUGGCAACGGCAUCUUUAUCUCGGAUUUGAGAGAGGGAUCGAAUGCAGAGUUGGCUGGAGUAAAAGUAGGUGACAUGCUGCUGGCCGUUAAUCAGGAUGUUACUCUGGAAUCCAACUACGAUGAUGCAACUGGACUCCUAAAACGUGCCGAAGGUGUAGUCACUUUGAUUCUUUUGACCCUCAAGAGCGAGGAAGCCAUUAAAGCAGACAGGGAAGCGGAGGAGAAGAAGAAGGAGGAGGCCAAGAAAGAGGAGGAGAAACCACAGGAACCCGCCACAGCCGAAAUCAAACCCAACAAAAAGAUUCUCAUCGAGCUGAAGGUGGAGAAGAAACCACUGGGCGUCAUUGUCUGCGGCGGCAAAAACAACCAUGUCACGACUGGCUGUGUGAUUACCCACGUUUAUCCGGAAGGAGCUGUAGCCACCGACAAGCGCCUGAAGAUCUUCGAUCACAUUUGCGAUGUGAACGGUAACGCAAUCCACGUGGGAUCCAUGACCACAUUGAAGGUGCAUCAGCUAUUCCACACCACAUACGAAAAGUCGGUUAACUUGACGGUGUACCGCGCCGAUCCGCCGGAACUAGAAAAGUUUAAUGUCGACUUUAUGAAGAAGGCCGGAAAGGAGCUGGGUCUCUCACUGUCACCCAACGAACUUGGAUGCACCAUUGCGGACGUAAUACAAGGCCAGUAUCCGGAGAUCGACAACAAACUGCAGCGCGGCGAUAUCAUAACCAAAUUCAACGGCGAUGCUUUGGAGGGUCUUCCGUUCCAGGUGUGCUAUGCUCUGUUCAAGGGAGCCAACGGCAAGAUUUCGAUGGAGGUGACUCGACCCAAGCCCACUCUGCGCACCGAGGCACCAAAGGCCUAGAGACGAUCCUCCGGUACCGCGAUUCUGAGCAGCCAUUCAAUAAAAGAUCCGACAAUUCUAAUUCAAAACAA